GUGACAUCAUCGCAUUAGUUAAACAGCCACACAGACUCAGACAGAUACUUAGACAAACGAAUUAUCGAAUUAUCGGCAUAGGCUAGUCAGUUAGUUUCAAAACAGCUAAACAAAUUUAGAUACACGUUUUUUAACUGGUUGUCGACAAUAUUUUCUCGCGUAAUUUCAAGUCACUUACACAAACGUAGAUAAACAAAUAUUCGCUCGUUUAAAUUUUUUAAAAUUUAAUUUGAUCGAUGGCUUCUAAAUCCUCAGAGGAGAUGAAGUCUCAGGGCUUUGAGAAACAUGAAAGUGGGUGUGACUCCCUGCAGGAUAAUGCUAAAAAACGGACUAACAAGAGGAAAGCCAGUCUGGAUCAGGAGUCUGGCAAGAAAAGAAAGAGGGGUGAUAGUGAUAGUAAGAGUUGUAAUCCCUGCAGCACAACCUUAGAGGGUGCGAGUGUGAAAGGGAGAAAGCUAAAAACCAAUGCUAAUGAAGAUAACCCACGAAAAAAGAUAAGGGGAGAUAGUAUGUGUGGUAAUUCAUAUAGCGACCCUUUAGAGGGUACUAGUGUAAAGGGAAGAAAACAGAAAGCUAAAGUUAAUGUUGAAUUAGGAAAAAUUUGUGCUGAUGGUAAGAGCGUUAUUGAGAGCUAUCCCUGUAGCAUAAAGUUAGAGGGUGUUAGUGUAGGGGGAAGAAAGCGAAAAGCUCAGUCUGAUGUAGGUAGCCCUGCAAAAAAGUUGAGAACAAUUAGUGGUAGUAAGCGUGGUUAUCCGUGUAGUGUAGCCGUAGAGGACCCUAGUAUGAAAGGGAGAAAACGAAAAAGUGAGGCUGAUGAAGAUAGCCAGCGAAAAAGGAUUAGGGGUGAUAGUAAGAGUGGUGAUCAUUGCAGCGUCACAGGGGGUGCUAGUUUGAAGGAAAGAAAUCAGAAAGCUAAAGUCGAUGUAGAUAGCCCACAAGAAAAGAUUAGGUGUGACAGUAGGCGUUUUAAUUCAUGUAGUGACCCUUUAGAGGGUACUAGCAUGAAGGUAAUAAAUCGGAUAGCUAAAGUUGAUGUUGAUGGCCCAAGAAAAAAAAUUAAUAAUGAUACUGAGAGUUAUUCCUGUAGUGGAAAGUUAGAGGGUGUUAGUGUAGGGGGUAGAAAGCGAAAAGCUGAGUCUGAUGUAGACAACCCUCCAAAAAAGGUGAGAUCUGACAGUGUAUCUAGCAGUGGAGAGUUUGUCAGUGUGACUAGCAUCAAGAUCAGUGACGCAGACGCACCCCAAAGGACAGUUGAGGGCCUCAACACUAUGGUGUUUAGUAGCACUCCUUUUUUCUCUGUCGGAGACAUACCCCCAGAGUUGUGGCGCUCUGAUCACGGCAGCAACUCUUCAUCUUCUGAUGAGGAGGGAAUAUACGAUGGAUCCUUCUCUGUGAAAACCAGCCAUGUUGAAUUUCAAGAUAAAUAUGAAAAGCUGGGCAAGCUUGGACAAGGUGGUUUUGGAUCCGUUUAUGAAGGCUACAGAAAGACAGAUGAGCUACCAGUAAGUCUCCUUACUCUGACAUUCUCUCUCUCCUCCACACACAUACAAGUUUCACAGCUUUUAUAUGUAACAUGCUUGUGUUUCUGUCUUGCAGGUUGCGAUUAAAUUU